GGCGCCCUCGUUGCUCCGCCGGGAUAGUGUAGCGCCUUGGAUCGCUAGUGUCUCUGCGGUUGCAUUUUUAAGACUUUGAUCUUAUAUCUGGAAUUGUAGGCUGAAAGACUUGGAGAGGGCUGAAGAUGGUCUCAGUGAAAGGGAGUGUGUUCAAGAGAAGUUGAAUCUGAUGCAUAGCUUCUUGCAAGUAGCGGUUCAGAACCAGCUGAGAGAUCUGGAGGCGAAGCUUCACCAAGAGGAGCUUUCAGAGGAGCGGUAUUUGGCCAAAGUCAAAGCCCUGCUCCAUGAAGAAUUCUCGCUGGAAAAUGGAGGUGGCUUGGAACUCCACCAGAAGCCCAAUGGCUACACAGAGAACGGCACCUGCGUCAGUGAUGAAGAGCCUGAGAGAACAGGCCCCAGGGGAGGAGAGGAUUCCAGCAUGGAGACCGACGAGGCAGCUGCAUCUUCCUCCUCAGUGACGUUGGGCUCGCCAAGUGCAUCAAAAGUCCGUCGGGGUAGGAAGAGCAAGUCCAACAGCGAGAACAGAAAAUCCCCCAGCAGUUCACGGAUCACCCGCAGUUCUGGCAAGCAGCCCACCAUUGUGGCUAUGUUUUCCAAAAGUUCCUCUAAGCGAAAAUCAGAGGAGGUGAAUGGAGAAGUGAAACAUGAAGUGAACAUAGAGACAGAGGAAGAGGAGGAUGACCCUGGAGAGAAGGAGCAAGACGAGAAAAGAAUCAAAAUGGAAAACAAAGAAGGGUCUGAAGUAAAAGAAGAAGCUAGUCAAGUUAAAAUUAUACCACCUGUUAAAACCACGCCUCCCAAAUGCGUCGAUUGCAGACAGUACCUGGACGACCCCGACCUCAAGUUCUUCCAGGGAGAUCCUGAUGAUGCACUGGAUGAACCGGAGAUGCUGACAGAUGAGCGCUUGUCCAUCUUUGAUGCCAAUGAAGAUGGAUUUGAAAGUUAUGAUGACCUCCCCCAGCACAAAGUGACGUCCUUCAGCGUUUAUGAUCGCAAAGGUCACCUGUGUCCAUUUGAUACCGGCCUUAUAGAACGGAAUAUUGAACUCUACUUCAGUGGCACUGUGAAGCCUAUAUAUGAUGAUAACCCCUGCCUGGAUGGUGGUGUCCGGGCCAAGAAGAUGGGUCCCAUUAACGCAUGGUGGAUUACUGGCUUUGAUGGAGGAGAGAAGGCUUUGAUUGGCUUCACCACAGCUUUUGCGGAUUACAUCCUGAUGGAGUCGAGUGAGGAAUAUGCUCCCAUCUUUGCACUGAUGCAGGAGAAAAUCUACAUGAGCAAAAUCGUGGUGGAAUUUCUGCAAAACAAUCCUGACGUCAGUUACGAGGAUCUGCUGAACAAGAUCGAGACAACCGUCCCUCCUGCUGGCCUGAACUUCAACCGCUUCACGGAAGACUCCCUCCUUCGGCACGCUCAGUUUGUGGUGGAGCAAGUGGAAAGCUACGACGAAGCAGGGGACAGCGACGAGCCCCCAGUUCUCAUCACGCCCUGCAUGAGAGACCUAAUCAAGCUGGCCGGAGUCACUUUGGGGAAAAGGCGAGCUGCAAGAAGACAGGCCAUCAGGCACCCCACCAAGAUUGACAAGGAUAAGGGCCCCACUAAGGCCACCACCACCAAACUUGUGUAUUUGAUCUUUGACACCUUCUUCUCUGAGCAGAUAGAGAAGAACGAAAGGGAGGAGGACAAGGAGAACCACACAAAGCGCAGGCGCUGCGGGGUCUGCGAGGUUUGCCAGCAGCCUGAGUGUGGCAAAUGCAAAGCAUGCCAGGACAUGAUUAAAUUUGGUGGCAGUGGAAAGUCGAAGCAAGCCUGCCUACAGAGGAGAUGUCCCAACUUGGCAGUGAAAGAAGCUGAUGAAGAUGAGGAGGUGGAUGAUAACAUCCCCGAAAUGCCCUCGCCGAAGAAGAUGCUGCAAGGAAGGAAGAAGAAACAAAAUAAGAGCCGGAUCUCCUGGGUGGGAGAUCCCGUCAAGAGUGACGGUAAGAAGGACUAUUACCAGAAGGUGUGCAUUGAUUCAGAGACGCUGCAAGUGGGUGACUGUGUCUCUGUCAGCCCCGACGACCCCACGAAACCACUUUACCUGGCAAGAAUUACUGCCAUGUGGGAGGAUGCCAACAACGAGCCCAUGUUCCACGUCCACUGGUUCUGCCGUGGUACCGAUACUGUCCUGGGGGCAACAUCCGACCCCCUGGAGCUCUUCUUGGUGGAUGAGUGCGAAGACAUGCAACUCUCUUACAUCCACGGCAAAGUCAACGUCCUCUAUAAAGCUCCUUCGGAGAACUGGGCUCUAGAGGGAGGGCUCGACAUGGAGAUCAAAAUGGUGGAAGAUGACGGCAGAACUUACUUCUAUCAGAUGUGGUAUGAUCAAGAGUACGCCAGGUUUGAGACUCCCCCAAAGACUCAGCCCUGCGAGGACCACAAAUACAAGUUCUGCAUGAGUUGCACUCGCUUGGAUGAGGUGAGGCAGAAGGAAAUCCCCAAAGUUUUGGAGCCACAGGAGGAGUCAGAGGGAAAGAUGUACUAUGGCGUGGCAACAAAAAACGGAGUGCAGUACCGUGUUGGGGAUGGAGUCUUUCUUCUGCCGGAUUCCUUCUCCUUCAGCCUGAGGCUGGCUAGCCCUGUCAAGCGCCAGAAGAAGGAAGCAGUGGACGAAGAGCUGCAUCCCGAGCAUUACCGCAAAUACUCAGAGUACAUCAAAGGCAGCAACCAAGAUGCCCCUGAGCCGUACCGCAUCGGCCGCAUUAAAGCCAUCUUCUGCAACGUGCGCAGCAAUGGCCGCCCCAACGAGGCAGAAAUCAAGCUACGUGUCUACAAGCUUUACAGGCCGGAGAACACCCACAAGUCUGUGAAAGCCAGCUACCACGCAGAUAUCAACCUGCUCUACUGGAGUGAUGAAGAGGCCACCGUGGAGCUCAGAGAUGUCCAGGGCCGCUGCACCGUGGUGUACGGGGAAGACUUGACAGAGCGCAUCCAAGACUACUCUGCCAGCGGCUCCGAUCGCUUCUACUUCCUAGAGGCAUACAAUGCAAAAACCAAAAGCUUUGAAGACCCCCCAUAUCAUGCCCGUAGCUCUGGGAACAAAGGGAAGGGGAAAGGGAAAGGAAAAGGCAAAAGCAAGGUGAAAUCUGCAGGAAUGUCUGAGCCCAGCGAACUGGAGGCUCCUGAGAUGAAGCCCCCAAAGCUGCGCACUCUGGAUGUUUUCUCUGGCUGUGGAGGCUUGUCGGAAGGGUUUCACCAAGCAGAAGUCUCUGAGACAUUGUGGGCCAUUGAGAUGUGGGAACCGGCUGCACAGGCCUUCCGCCUGAACAACCCCGGCACGACAGUGUUCACGGAGGACUGCAAUGUCCUGCUGAAGCUGGUUAUGUCGGGAGAGAAGACCAACUCCCUGGGCCAGAAGCUGCCGCAGAAGGGGGAUGUGGAGAUGCUCUGCGGUGGGCCGCCUUGCCAGGGCUUUAGUGGCAUGAACCGCUUCAAUUCCCGGACCUACUCAAAAUUCAAGAACUCCCUGGUGGUCUCCUUCCUCAGCUACUGUGACUACUACCGGCCCAGGUUCUUCCUGCUUGAGAACGUGAGGAACUUCGUUUCCUUCCGGCGCUCCAUGGUGCUGAAGCUGACCCUGAGGUGUCUUGUCCGGAUGGGAUACCAGUGCACUUUUGGGGUGCUGCAGGCUGGUCAGUAUGGUGUGGCCCAGACGCGCCGUAGAGCCAUUGUCUUGGCAGCAGCUCCUGGAGAGAAACUUCCCAUGUUCCCGGAGCCCUUGCAUGUCUUUGCUCCCCGGGCCUGCCAGCUCAGCGUGGUGGUGGACGACAAGAAAUUUGUUAGCAAUAUCACCAGGACCUAUUCGGGCCCAUUCCGGACCAUCACAGUCCGGGACACCAUGUCUGACCUUCCCGAGAUCAGGAACGGGGCCUCAGCACUUGAGAUCUCCUACAAUGGGGAGCCGCAGUCCUGGUUCCAAAGGCAAAUCCGAGGAUCCCAGUAUCAGCCCAUCCUCAGGGAUCAUAUCUGUAAGGAUAUGAGUGCAUUGGUAGCUGCCAGGAUGAGACACAUCCCGCUGGCUCCAGGCUCAGAUUGGCGCGACUUGCCCAACAUCGAGGUGCGCCUUUCAGAUGGCACGACCACCCGCAAGCUGCGCUACACGCAUCAUGAAAAGAAAAACGGGCGGAGCAGUAUGGGAGCCCUGCGAGGAGUCUGCUCCUGUGCAGAAGGCAAGCCUUGUGACCCAGCAGACCGGCAAUUCAACACCCUGAUCCCUUGGUGCCUGCCUCACACCGGGAACCGGCACAACCACUGGGCUGGCUUGUAUGGCCGGCUGGAGUGGGACGGCUUCUUCAGCACGACAGUCACCAACCCUGAGCCGAUGGGCAAGCAAGGCCGUGUGCUUCAUCCUGAGCAACACCGAGUGGUGAGCGUGCGGGAAUGUGCCCGGUCCCAGGGAUUCCCGGAUACUUACAGGCUGUUUGGAAACGUACUUGACAAGCACAGACAGGUGGGUAACGCAGUGCCUCCGCCUCUGGCAAAAGCCAUCGGACUAGAGAUCAAAGCAUGCGUGUCGGCGAAAAUGAAAGAAGAUGCCACAGAUACCAUCAAGCAGGAAAAGAUGGACCUUUCAGAUUAAAUGCCGCCUCCGACUCCUCCGCUCCAGCGCCUGAACACCCAAACAUGCACUGAUCGUUUUCAUUCUCGGCCAUCAUUUCUGGGUUUAUUUUUCUUCCUUCUGAACUCGUUAAAAGUUGUUGGGGGAGGGGGGGGGCUUUUUUCUGUUUGUCUCUGUUCAGCCUGUACCUGUGAGCAGUGUUUGUCUAUUUUGAAGCUGUUUCGAUGUUCCAAAUGAUCGACACACGACCAUUCUCGAGUGAUCCGCUGUACAAUGCCCUGCCACUUCAUGCGUGUGAGUGUGUGUGUGUGCGUGUGCGCGCGUGUGUCUUUGGGGAGGAAAAGUUUAAGGAUGUUUUAUUAUGCAUUGUAUUGAAAAUUAAUCAACCACUUUAUACAAGUGGAAAUUAAUACUUUAUGUAGUUUUUAUAUGUUGUAAUAUUUCUUCAAAUAAAUCUCUCCUAUAAAUUAU